UCUGCGGAGGGCGCCUGGUCAGGAAGCCCCCUCUCCUGCAGCCCGCCGUGUCCCGCCAGGUGUCUGCUGGAAUUGGCACAUUACUUUGCUCAGUUCCCUGGCCCUACCCAGAGAGUCAGCAGCUCUUAUGGCUGCUGGCUGGUGAACUCAGAAAGCUGCAGAAGGAAAGGAACUCAAAGCCCGCCAAGCUGGAGGGGGAUAUGAAGAAAAGCCACAGUGGCCUUGCGGUGCCUGCGGAUGAGAAACCCAAGGACACUUUGGACCCCAACCGGUGCAGUCGCUCUUAUGGAUCCUCCACCAUGUUGGGUGCUGAUCUGCGGCGGGGACGGAGGCGCCUCUCCUCCAACCUGCAGGUCCCACCAUGGAAGCCCAUAGAGCGGGCCCGUUCGCCAGAGCCAGACAAUGUCCAGAGACCAACUACUCUGCCACUACGAAUCCCUCCCCGAAUUUCUAUCACCCACACCGACCCAGAUGGGUAAGGCAAAGGAAUUGCAUGUUAAUCUGUGCACAAUCACAGGAGGAGUCUGUUGCAGUGAGAAUCCAGAUGUGCAUUGGGGAUGGAAGCAAAUAAUGGUGAGGAGAG